AUGUAUGUAAAACAGUGGUCAGCAAUGCAAGAAGCCACAAAACAAACAUGCAAAGACAUUUUUGAUGUUCUAAAGAGUGAUGGAAAUGUGAACAUAAGGAAAAAAUGUUGAGUAACACCAUUAGGGGUUACAGCUGAAUGUGGUCACUGUGGUGUGCUGGAGUAUCUUAAUCAUAAUGAUGUUGGAGAUAUCAAAGCCUUAGCAGAUGAUCAUGCAUCAGUAUUGUUUCAAGCAGCUGGAGGUAGUCUAGACUGCAUAGCUCUGCUUUUGAAAUAUGGAGGAGGUGGCAACGUGCCUGGUGAAGCAGGACUGCUUCCCAUGCACAAAGUGGCUUGCGAGGGGUAUUACCUGGGCAGGAAGUAUCUCAUUGCAGCCACAUCCUAAACUUCAGUCCAGGAAAGUGGGUUAAGCACUGUUCACUCCACUGUAGAUGGCCAGAACCAGUGUCUAGAGCUUGUCAUUGGAAAUGGUUUGGAUGUCAACACUCUCUCAUCCAAAGAGGUAACUUCAAAUACUUACGAUGGCAGAAGAAAAACUGCAUUUUAUUGUGCUGUUUCUAACAAUGAGAUUCUUUGCACCAAAAUAUUGCUCAAAGCAGGAGCAAAACCAAGCAAGGAUCCUUUUAACUGUGUUCUCAUGGCAGAGAGCUGA